UACUAUAUAACAAAUAAUUUGAGAUCAGGAUGUAAGCACAAGAGAACUAGCUGAGUUACACAGGUGAGGUCACACGAUGUGUUUCGACUGUUUGAGUACUCCAGAGGAGGCUGAACAGCGGAGACAGAACCAGGAGAUUGACAAGAUGAUUGUCACGGACAGGAAGACGGACGAGAAGAUCGUCAAACUCUUACUUUUAGGAUCCGGAGAAAGUGGUAAAAGCACGUUCAUCAAACAGCUGAAAAUCAUCAAGGGAUCAGGAUUUGAGGAGCACCUCCGGGCUGAGUUUGUGCUGGUGAUCAGGAGUAAUUUACUGCAGGCCUGUAGGAGUAUUUUAUCUGCCAUGGCUGUCUUGUACAUCGAGUUUGAGUCCCCGGAAGCUGAUGCUGAAGCCAAAAAAAUCAUCCAACUAUUGAACGAGGAAGCAGCUAACGUGACAGCAGUAGACGCGAUAAGGAUCAGUCCGGGUCAACUAGCUUCCGUUUCCAACUCUAUAGUCACGCUUUGGAAGGACGAGGGUUUCAGGCAAUGUUUCAGGAGAAGUAAAGAGUAUCAGCUCAUAGACUCCGCUAAAUACUAUUUGGAUAAAGCUGGUCAGAUCUGUGAUGCUGGUUUCAAACCGACAGAUCAAGAUAUACUCAGAUCACGUAAGAUGACGACAAACAUUAACGAGUACAUGUUCGACAUUAAAAGAGUGCAACUCAAAGUAAUAGACGUAGGGGGUCAAAGAAAAGAGAGACGAAAAUGGAUAUCAUGUUUCGAUAAUGUUACUAGUAUCAUAUUCUUGGCCUCGCUGUCUGACUAUGACCUUAAGUUAAUGGAGAAUGAAACUACCAACAGAAUGAAGGAAAGUUUAGACCUAUUUGCCACGAUCCUACAAUAUCCUUGGUUCAAGAAGAAGAGUAUCAUCCUCUUCCUUAACAAGACGGAUCUAUUCGACGAGAAGAUCCACUUCUCUAACAUAGCCGACUAUUUCCCAGAAUUUAAAGGGGAACCUAGGGAUGCUGAAGCGGCCAAAGCAUUUAUAAAGGGGUUGUACGAAGAGAAAAAGCCGCCGCCUCACGAGGGGCCGGACGCCACGCACAUCUUUCCGCACUUCACAUGCGCCACAGAUACGGACAAUAUCACCAAAGUUUUCAAGGACGUUCAAGAGAUAAUCCUCAGAUCGUAUUUGAAUGAGUUCAACCUCGUGUAAUAAUCACAUUGAUUUCUAGAUCUCUCAAUAUUAUCAUCAGUUUUGUGAAGCCACUGACGAUCUCAAUCAUUCUGUAGGACCGACAGAAUUUGUCGGUUUUGUACUUAAAUAUCUCCUAUCAGAUCAAACUUAAGGAGUUAAGGAUUGGUGCUUGUUGAAUCUGAGAAAGAAUAGCUGGUGGUUCGUCUCGUCGGUUGUAUGUCAAUAUAAGUAAAUUUAGGUUUUGUAUUUCUUCUUGAUUGUGAAUAGUGAUUAUCUUUCCCCGCAAUGACAAUGAUCUUGACUUUUAUCUAAAUUAUUUCACCUUUGAUGAUUUCACUAUCAAACUUUUCAGACCAGUGUUGUUCGCCGAGUGUUAUAUACAUAUAGUCGUCGGGUCAUGAUAUUACGCCGUGAAACGGCAGGGUGUAAAAUUUCACUUAAUAUAUGUAUUAGCGUUAAUUUUCUACCACUAGCUUAACAAUAAUAGUCCACAAUAAUAAUUCUAUAUGUUUUAAAUAGUACUCAAAGAAUGCAGUGAGUAUUGAAGUCAAAUCCUUCAUAAUAUAUUAAUUGGCCACAAAUUAUGAAAGCCGUCACUGGUCCAUUUCCGAACACGGUAGAGAACACUGUUUCAGACGAUUGAUUUUGUUGAGGAGCGUAUUUGUUUUGAGAUAUAAUUAUUUUUGUUUGUGAAUGAUAAUUGAUUAAGCAGUGUGAACUAUCACGUUGUUGAUAAUAUCAACAAUCUCAUAUCUAUUGUUGACUUCUUUUUUGAAACACAAUUGAAUGAAAAAUAUUAAUGAAUGGAAAAGUUUAAAAGUCGUUUUUAUAUGAUAGUUGACGUAAAGUCGGUAUAAAAGCAGCCUUGUUAUCUUUUAUUUGGUAGGGCAAGUGGUUACAAUAGAAUUCACGUUGACAGUCAAGGUUAAACGUCAGGAACUGAGACACUAUAGUUGAAUGUAAUUGUAAUGUUAAAGGAGCUGUUUAAUUUUUCUUUAAUUUUAUGUUUUAGUCCUAAGUACUGUAAUAGCGUAAUUAAGUCUGUAAAAAUUAGCAUCAGAUCAGAAUUAUAGAUUGUAAUUAUGAAAACUGAACAGGUUUUGUUGUUA